ACAAGUUAAAAGUCUGUGGCUGUCCAGCGGCCAACGUAAAUUAAUAACCUAACUUUUUAUUUUAACGCUUUUAUAAAUUAAAAAUACUUGUAUGGUAAUAAAUGUUUGCUGUAUAUAGCUAUAAGCUCUGGGUUGCUAUGAUACUCUUGUUGUGUUACAUUUAAAAGCAUAUCGUUUUGUUGUUAGAUUUUAUUUAGGUGUUGUUUAUUAGUUUUUCUCUAAACCAUGGGUAUUUUGGAAAAGAUUUCUGAAAUCGAGAAGGAAAUAGCAAGAACUCAGAAGAAUAAAGCUACCGAGUACCACUUGGGUCUGUUAAAAGCGAAGCUAGCUAAAUAUAGGUCACAGCUGCUUGAGCCCUCAAAAAAAGGUGGGGAUAAAGGAGAAGGGUUUGAUGUGUUAAAAUCAGGUGAUGCCAGAGUAGCUCUUAUAGGAUUCCCCUCAGUUGGUAAGUCAACCCUGCUGUCUACCCUAACGCACACACACUCAGAGGCGGCAAGCUACGAGUUCACCACUCUGACAUGUAUCCCUGGGGUAAUAGAGUACAGGGGUGCCAACAUUCAAUUACUUGAUCUGCCUGGAAUCAUUGAAGGUGCUGCUCAGGGAAAGGGUAGAGGACGGCAGGUGAUUGCAGUAGCGCGUACUGCGGACCUGGUGCUAAUGAUGCUAGACGCUACAAAGCCAUAUGUGCACCGGCAGCUGCUCGAACGCGAGUUGGAGAGUGUGGGCAUCAGACUGAAUAAAAACAAGCCCAAUAUAUAUUUCAAGGUUAAGAAGGGAGGCGGACUGUCUUUCAACUCAACUUGUCAGCUCACUAAAGUGGAUGAGAAGAUGGUCCAAAUGAUUUUGCAUGAAUACAAAAUUUUCAAUGCGGAGGUGCUGUUCCGUGAAGACUGCACUGCGGAUGACCUGAUCGACGUCAUCCUCGGCAACCGCGUGUACCUGCCUUGCCUGUACGUGUACAAUAAGAUCGACCAGAUAUCAAUCCAGGAGGUGGACAGGAUAGCGCGACAACCACACUCCGUCGUUGUCAGUUGUAACAUGAAGCUAAACUUGGACUAUCUACUGGAGACGCUUUGGGAAUACCUGUCCCUUAUCCGAGUUUACACUAAGAAGCCUGGACAGCCCCCAGACUUUGACGACGGACUUAUUCUUAGAAGGGGCGUCACAAUCGAGCACGUGUGCCACUCCAUCCACCGGACCCUGGCGAGCGCUCUCAAGUACGCGCUGGUGUGGGGCACCAGCACCAAGUACUCUCCGCAGCGCGUGGGCAUCUCGCACUCCGUUCACGACCAGGAUGUUGUCCAGCUCAUCAAGAAGUAGCCCACCGCUGGGAAAGACCAAACCAGUGCCUUUAGUGUAAGUUUACUGGAGUUGUUGAUUAGGGGAAGUACUACCGCCUUAAUCCUUUUUCUGCCGCUAAGCAACAUUAUAUACCGGUCUGAAGGGCGUGGUUACCGGUGUAAUUACGGGCCCAUGACGGCACGUUGCAGGACGUUCUCCUUGCAUGCCCUGCUAGUGUAGUUCUGAUUACAGGCUAUAGUUUUCCACUUACCAUCAAGCGAGUUAUCGGCUUGGUCCAUCGAUUAUAACUAUAAAAAAAAGUUUCCAAAUUAAAAGACGUCAAAUCUACGUAAAUCAGACAUUUCAUACAUACUGAAUUAAUUUGUUUCGUCAUACUAUGGUUUACAUUGGAAAAAAAAAAAAGGAUAAUUAAAUUAGUUGUUUGGUAUAAGAGGCAUCCUAUGACGAGUGUAAGAGGCGCGGUGCGGUGCGAAGCGGCGCUUCUUUCGUUAGACUUUAGACGAUUUGAUGUCACUAUUCAACGACUUAACUUACCGAUGUCUUAUGAGCCGGAGGUCCCGAUAUCUAUCCCGAAAUUAAAAUUUCUGAAUUUUCUCUAGUCUGGUACACCAACAAAAAUGUGAGUCUCGCUGACAUCUCAGACAGCGUCGUCUUACCACCAGUUGAGAAAAAUAAAAAUAACUUGGGUGUAAGAUUUGGUAACAUGACAACUUUCACUGGGCACCGCCAUAAGAAAAAAACCAUUAAGUUCGAUGGUUGGUAAAUUCAUACACUGUGCGUUCUGAUACAGUGAGACUUAAUUUUAAUGUAUGUGGUAUAUUAAAGUUAUGUUUAUACUUUUUUAAUUAUUAUAAUCUGUAUAUUAUAAAGUGCUUAUGGAAUUAAAAUAUUUUUUUAUUGUACCUUAGUUAAUUUUUUAAGCCAUUAUUAAUUACUUAUUUUCUGUCCUAAAGUGUAGUCAAUACUUUCAUAACCGAUAAGCCGAUUAUAUGUUUGUUGUAACUUAUCAACCUCAAAAGUUAAGUUUAUAAACGUUAAUCUGUUAAUACAUACAAAUUAAAAUGUUGCUCCUGCAUAAAAAUGACAUUUACGCUAGCAUAUAUGUGAGUUAAUUUACAACACUGGGGGCUUACUACUAUUGUUUAAUUCAUUAUUUAAUAAUUGUUGACGUUAUGUUUAGGAAUUAGAAACUUUAUUUUAUUAACGUCAAAGUAUAUCAAAGAACGUUCAGCAGUGAUUCAGGACAAAUCAUCCCAUUCUGAGAGGCCUUCAGUCAUAAGUGGACUGUAAUAGGCUACUGAUCAAAGAAUGUAUAUCAUACACAUACUUACUUUAGUACACUAUACUAAUAUCAUGUCUUUUAUGACGUUAUUGUAAUCUUUCAUUCUUUGUCUCACAGUUAUCAGUUAUCCAUAAAUUAUGUAGUUCUAUCUUGUUAGUUUAAGUGGCCCUGCCGCACUAACAAGAGGUAAAAUAAAUAAAUUAUACGUCGUUUUAAAAUCAUACUGUUUUGCGCGAUUGGAGAAAGCCCCCGUCAAUAGGUUUACCACUAGGCAGUUGUCACUUUGUUUUUGACGCCAUUUUGGCGCUGUACGUUGUGAAGCUGUCAUACGAGUGUCCAAGGAACUUAAAUUUGAAUAACUAAAAAUUUUUAGUCCCAGAGACACUUUAUGUCUUAUGUCAUUGGUAUAGGAGCAACCAGUCACCGAUUAAUAAUACAUCAGUGUUUUUAUGAAAACUUAAUUAAGGCAUAGUUUAUGCACUCCAUUUUUUACUUACAUAUCUUAAUAUGAAAACAAUCUUUUAUUAAUUAUUUUUCAGUGUAAGUAUAAUUUUGAAAAUAUUUAAAACUAAUAAAAGCAUGCAUACAAUUCUUAAAGAAUAUCCAUUUGUUUUUAUGUCGUUCAACACAAUUGUUUUUCUUCUAUUUUAAAACAUACUUUACAUUGGAAAAAGUAAUGAAAAGGAAGACAAGUUAAAUAUAAAAAGCCAGCAUUGGCUGCCAGUAGGACUGGUGUAACAAGUUCUUCAAACCAACCCAGUGCUGACCGAUUCCCUCGACUAAACAAGGUACGGGCUCGCGGUGGCUUGUUUGUUAAACUAGCGCUGGCCCACUGGCUUCGUAUGAACCAUGCUUUAUUUCAAAGGAACGAGUGCGAAAAUCACGCAUUAAGGCUGGCCUUAAGAACACCAGGGUCAUUUUAUCUUUACUCAAUCAUAAUUCAUACGUAAGCAGUGGUAUUAGGAUUCAUAUUCCAAUGUUUAGCAAUCGACUCCGAGGCGUUAUAGGAGAAUUUUAAGGCUCGAUGUCUGCCCUGCCGUCCCAUGGACUGAAGGUAGUUAUACUACGACUCGAAGUGUUCAAGCAACCGUAUGUGCCUCAAAAGUCCACUACUUCAAUUGCACUUAAGGUACUGGAUAGUUUAUAUUGCUAAAGUGCUAAUUUGUUAAUGCUAAAGUGCUACUUAAAAUAGACAGUGGCUGUACGAAAUAUUGUUGCAAUAAAUUAUUUAUUCAAUUAUUA